AGGUGCAACAAGGCGUGGGUGUUGAGAGGACGCAUGCGCAGUAACUUUCCCGGGUUGAGGCGGUUUCCACCAAGCGUCCUUGGAUAGUGCUAGUUUCAAAAGCCAAAGGGUCUUCUUUUCUUCUCAGCUCAAGAUGAUGAUGCAGAGCAAAGCCUCGCUCUAUUUCCCAUACCACCUACAGAAGAAAGCUCUCCUCCCUUCUGAAUUAACCACCACAGGUAGAGCAUUUAUUGAUCCUACUCCUCAAAAACAAACAAUAUCUCCAACUAAACCCUCUACUCUUCCUCCUUCUGGCCUCACUAUAACUGAGAGAAUCAAUAUGCCCCAAGAGCCGUACAGAUCAACCACUAAAGAGUGUUAUAAGGACCUUGGGCCUGACUCAUAUUCCAAAGGUUGUUCUUCUCAUGCUCCUCCAGCUCAUCUCUCAGUCUUUGGGAGUCAUUUGAAGUUCCCUUCAAAUUUGAGAAGUAAUGAGUUCAUGACAACUAACAGGAUUAUGUUUUCAAUUGAACAUCAGCAAAAUAAUGAUCCUUCUCCUAAUAAUAAUGAUAAUAAUAGCAAUAAUAAUAACAGAAUGAGGUAUCAUCCAACUAGUUGCAUCAUUGGUACUAAAACUGCUCGUCCUCCUUCUCCUCCUCCUCUCCCCCUACCUCCUCCUAAUAAUUCUCAAGCUAUUGGAGAUGGAACUCAAUACUUGGAGUCGUAUGUACAUCAUCCAAUAACUGAAGAGGAGAGAAAAAUCAACAAAGAGAUAGGAGCCAAACUUAAUAAAGACAACGUUAAAAGAGGUAUUGAAGCUCAUAAGGACAGUGAGUUUAUUACAACAAUGGAGGACACUUACCAGUACACCGGUCGACCGGAGCGAGGACAAUUGUCUCGUCUGACACUGAAUGAGAAAAAUGGUGUAACAAGCAUACCAUUUGGUGAUAGAAAUAAAGAGUUGAAUAUGACUAGUGAGCAAAUGAAGUCAUACUGUGUGCAUGUACCUCAUGAUGGUGAAGAGGGAGGGGAGGGGUCUUCAAGUAAAGGAUAUGAUAAAACGAGUAGCUCACGAUAA